GGGAGAUGGGGAGUCUUGGCGUGGAUAAUGAAGAUGUCAGCAGCAAUGCCUUGAACGCUGACAUCGACAACAGCAACGGUGAAAUGAACGAGGUUUUGCAAUUAGCCGAUGAAUUAGAUAUACCGGGCAAUUCGCUGGAAGAUGUAUAUCAGAACGACGACUAUAUUACAACAACACCAAAUUAUGUCACGACAAGGUCUGAAAGCACUGAAGAAUUGACAACUUACACCCCAUUCAUGGCUGAUGCUAUAUACUUUGGUACCACAACACCUACUCCAACUCGGAGGCCGUUUAAAUGGGUGACCACAAAAUUACAGCUCAUACCAAAGACGACUAUGCCAACAAAACUUAUGCUGUUGUCCACUGUGCCAUCUAAAGAUUUGGCACAACCAAAGCUUUCUCCCAACCCAGUAUGGAAAAAUCAGAACUAUUCCGCAGCGCAACAAAAUCAAAUUGCCGCUAUAGAGCGCCCCACAUGGCACACGAACAGUGCCAUACCAACGAAGCAAUCCCCGAAUGACCAACUCAACAUUGAACUGACGAAAUCUAAUUCAAUUUCUGGUGACUUGGUUAUCUCCACCAGGUUACAGGAUGGCAGCAACAUAGCGCGAUUUGAAGCCACUACAACGGCAAACGACACAGAAGAAUUUGGCGAGAAUGAAACAAAAAAUGCCACCAACAAGUACUUUGCACUAAAUCUGCCUACAAAUACCACGGAGCCGAUAAUGCCCAAAGUGCUGAAUGAAGAUUUCGACUGGCCAAUUAGCAACUUCUCGAUAGAACCCAACCAAUUGGCGAGCACCAGCGUUGGUGGUAUCGGUUUGGAUCGGCAACAGUCGUUCGAUGUCGAAGAAAUAAAUUUCGAAAAUGUCGUACUAGAUAACUUGGACGACAUUACAAUGGACGACGGGCAUAUGGAUAAUCGGAAUGCACACGGUUUUCCGGUAAGUAGCUCGGCCGACGUGAAUGGCGGCGAAGACGGUAACGAAACCGAAGGUGAAGACGAAACGAAUCGGUUUUUGUCGGGCGUAGUCGAUGCGGCAAACGAAGACGAGAUUUACGAUUGGGACGAGAUAUCGCGAAAUAAUCGACGUAAUUUGAUGCGCGGACGGGAUGUCGUAACGAAAUUUUUGCAAAUUGUUGAAACGCAACAUUUGCUCGGUGCCAAUUGUGAGGCCGGAACGUCGUUAAAUUUGGGUGAAGGCGUAGUCGAUCGAUACGCACAGGAUCGGUUUCGAGUUGAAGCAGAGGUGGCGGUGAAUCGUGCCAAUAUGCUAACCAGAAUUUUCAAGAUGACUACACCGGCCGCUCAAGCUGACGUUAAUCUGUUACACGCUUCCGUUCUUUCGAUGGUCGAGUUCGAUGAUGAUAUUUUUGCGGCUGGCAAUUGUUUCGACUGGAAUGAGCACCCUUCCCAAACGGGUCUUUUCUGCCCUUUUGCCUAUCGUCUGCCGGCACCGAACCUCGGCGCCAUCCUCGCCAAGGACCUAUCCAUGGAGUAUCACUACCUCGGCAAUACGUCCGAAUGGUUUUUUCAGGCGCGUAAGAACGCGGAGAAGGUGAUUGUGCGCAACGAACAGUACCUUAAGUCCUUCCAUCUGUACUCUAACAAAACCGAUGAGCGCAUCGAAUAUGACACAUUGGCUGUGAAGUAUGAGGAUGGGCGUUGGUCCAAGCCCUACUAUGACUGCGGAGGCGGCAAUAUUUGGAUGCUGACUUAUACGGUGCCAUUUUUCGGCUAUGAAAAUGGAACCUAUCAUUUCAAAGGCACAUCGGGCAUUGAUAUUGAUUUGAGGCGUGUCGAUAUCGAUCAGUGCCCGCAACGAAAUUCGCCGGGCAGCAACCAACCGCUGAACAUCUUCGCUGGGACCGAUAAAUGUAAACAACGCACAACUAUGUGUGAAGCUCUAAAAGGUUUGGGAUUUCGUCGUGGCUCCUAUAAAUGCGUUUGCCGGAAAGGCUACUACUUUCCCGAUACCAUCUCCACUCAAAAGUUCUUCAAUGGCAGUUUGCUGGAGGAGGAGUACGAGAAGCUAAUGUUGGGCAAAAACUCCACCUACAACAUUAUCAAUGAGUACGAAUGUCUACCCUGCGCUGAGGGCUGUGACUACUGCGAGGAUGGUUCGCCUUGCAUCGCAGCGCUUAAUUGGCCGAUGCGUACAAGUAUUUUGGUGUUGGCAUGCACCGUUAUUGGGCUCCUACCACCAGCCGCUUGGUUUACAUUUCGAUAUCAACAAGUGAAGGUCGUACGCGCCGCCAGCCCUGCACUGUUGCGCGUCAUAGCUUUGGGCGCUUUCUUCAUCUACUGCACGAAUAUUGUAAUGUACCCUAACCCGAAUCUAUACACCUGCACAGCGCGCAUUUGGCUACGCGAAAUCGGAUUCUCACUAACUUACGGCGCUUUGAUGUUGAAAACUUGGCGCAUUUCGGUGAUAUUUCGUGUACGUUCAGCGAAAGCGGUGAAAAUCACAGACGCAGCACUAUUGAAGCGACUUGGCAUUAUUUGCGGUGUCAUUGGUACGUGCCUGCUGGUGCGUACAUUGGUUGCACCGCCCGAUGUUGUGGUCGGCCGCACUGCCGAUGAUCUGAAAGCGUUUUUAUGCAAAACGGAUUACUGGGAUUACACGUUCACAUCAAUGGAGGUUCUAUUUCUCGCCUGGGGUGUGCGUCUUUGCAUUAUGGUGCGGAAAGCGCCGUCCGAAUUCAAUGAGAGUCGCUUCAUUUCGAUGGCCAUCUAUAAUGAAUUUCUGCUGACUUGCUUCCUCAAUGUCUCCAUGCUAUUCCUACAAUCACCGGCUAAUCCUGACUUACUCUACAUCAUUUUCUUCUGUCACACUCAACUGACGGUGACACUUUUAUUGUGUCUAAUAUUUGGCAGUAAGGUUUACAUUGUGCUGCGCAGCGGUAAAUCGCAUCAAGAGGCCAUUGGUAUGGGUGCGAAAUCCUCCGGCGCCAAAUUCAAUUUUCGUCCACAGGUGCGCACAUUUGCUAAUCCCAGCUCGGUUACCACGUCCACCGUUCCCGCACCAGGCACCACUUCAGGGGAUACCAGACUUUCCGACCAGGAAGCACUCGAAGAAAUCCGCCAGUUGAGUGUGCAGCUGCAACGCAUUCAAGAGAUGGCACCACCCAAGGGUGUAGCCGUUAUGACAAUCUCCAGCUUACUGGAUGGCCUUAAGACGCCAGGUGGCAUGAUUAUGGUCGCUGCCGCUGCAUCUCAGGCUGCUACUUCCCACAAUCAACUCGCAGUACGCCCAUUCACGCCCGGCGGAGGCGGUGGUUGUGCAAGUGCUAGCAGCGGAGGCGCCUUACCUUUGCUCGCACUCAGCACAGAGAUGGAAAAAUACAAUCAGCAGCUGCAUGCAACACAUAACAAUAAUAUCACUGUAGCAGCGUCUUUAAGUGGGACUGGUGGUGGUGAUGUUGCACAGCCAUCUCGGUCUAGAGCAACAGUGCUCGAAGUGGAGACUAGCACCACCACCUUAGAGGAGUUUACGCUGGUGCCACGCGAGGACCGAGCUAUCAAUACGGAUUUAACGCGCAGUGAAGACUUCCAUCAGCAGGCGCUGGGCUGUGCAUCGGGUCAUAUAAUCUGCACGCGCUGCUUGGUCAUUUCGAAGGAACACUACUUCGGCUGUCGCCCAUUCACACCACCACAUGGACUGCUGCCAAGCUAUUACGAUAGCGGGCAUAGAAGACCUGGUGUUGGUAGAAGUGGGAAGCGCGAACAAGCAGACGAGGUGCUUAGCAGAGCUACAUGCCAGCAACUGGGCUCGCCCCAACCGGAAGGCAGUAUUAGUUUCGCAAAUAUAAAACUAGAGUGUAUGUGCUCACAACCGGACUUGGAGCUCGACACGGAGUUGGACAUUCCACAAAGGCGGCGCCUUAAUGUACGCAGCGCAGCAACCAAUACACCGCCAUCCACUGGAGGCAGCAGUAGACGAUGUAGUGGUCGCGCGAAAAUGUGCAGCCCGAGGUGGCAAGGUGGUGGCGGUGAGGGUGGCGACGAUGACGGUGAUAUCAGCUAUCGUAUUUGUGAUAAUUGUAAAAAUAAGUAUCGAAAUAGCAAUAAAUAUGGCGGUAGAAAGUUCCGAAAGAGUACUCGUCUUACGUCAUCGUCAACGACAAUGGCAACGCUAGCAGCAGCUACAGCAAUAAAGGCGGGCGAUGAACGUCAGGCGCAGAAAAAUCUCUUGGCGGCGCGCACCGGUGUCAGUCAGACGCGCAGCAGUGACUUGCUCGACCGCCAACUUUCCAGUGCAAACGCCGGUCUGGCUGGCAGUAUCAUAUCUGCGGAUCAGAAACAAAAGAUGCACUCCACCGAUGAUAUCAUUUUCUAUACCACCACCGACGAGAGCAGCACCAACAGUGACGACUCUUUGGACGACGACGACGACCGAGAGGGUGCAUGCAGUCGACUGCGUAGACGGCGACGUGAGCUGACAUAUCAGUCCACAUCUGCACUUGGUACUACUGUAAGCGGCUGUGCGACGUUGCAAAAAGUGGAGCAAAUGGCGACAUCAGAAAUCUCAGUGGCGGCGACAACAGCACCCAGUGCUGUGGCGCCGACAAACGAAAUUCCAUUGAAAUCUGAGUCGACUGGUAAUGCACAAUCAAUAGGUAAUGUCUCCAAUACCUCAAAUAUCUCGGCGAAAAGCGGCGAGAAAGCAGCGCCAAAUGGUGGUGAUAACAAUGCAAAGACGAAUGGGUCUGGGCGUGCAAAACGACCCGACAAACUGAUACUCGAUCUAAAUGAUCGAUCCAAGUAUACCAAAGAGGUUUCCGUUUAGAUUUCUAGCAAAGGGUGCUGUAUUAAGAAUGUAACCGUUAUAGGUGUGCGGGUAAGCACUUCGCUAAGUUAAGACAUGUAAGUAGACUAGGGAAAAAAGUGAGAUGGAGUAUUUUGUAAAUAUGACGGCAUAAAUUUGGAAAUAAGGCGCAUAAAUGCAUAUGC